AUGGCCAACUGUUGUGCUCUGGGGGCGGUGUCACCCUAUCCGGACCAGGAUUCCAACGCGCUUAAUCACAUUCUUUAUCUUGGGGAAUACCUAUAUGAGAAAAUUGAGAACGUAUUCAUCGUGAUUUUCACCGUCGAAUGUGCCUUGAAAAUCGUCGCUUUUGGUUUCGUAAUGCACAGUGGUGCCUACUUAAGGAACGGAUGGAAUAUCCUAGACUUUACAAUUGUUGUUUUGGGGUUGCUUCAACCGCUUAUUCAAGAAAUGGUCGAAGAAUCAGGAGUGGACGUAAAGGCUCUGCGCGCUUUUCGAGUUCUUCGACCAUUACGUCUCGUCUCUGGGCUUCCAAGUUUGCAGGUCGUAUUGAAUGCUAUCAUGCGUGCCAUGGUUCCGCUGCUACACAUUGCUCUGCUGGUCAUCUUUGUGAUCAUUAUCUACGCCAUCAUUGGGCUAGAACUGUUCUCUGGCAAACUGCAUGCAACUUGUUAUGAUGUGUACACAGGAGAGAUUGAGGAUCAUCCAUCCACAUGCAACGUAAACAGACAGAGUGAAAUUUGUGGUCGUGGGUCAAUUUGUUACGACUUCAAGCUGAAUAUGAGUCCUGCCGCGGUGGCCGAACGCCAAGCUAUUGCAGAUGCAGUCGCUGCCGGAAAGGUUAUCCCACCGUUACCCACUCCUGAACGAUGGGCAGGGCCGAACUUCGGAAUCACAAAUUUUGAUAAUUUUGGUCUUUCCAUGCUAACUGUCUUUCAGUGUGUCACCAUGGAGGGCUGGACCCAAGUCAUGUACUGGGUCAACGAUUCACAAGGAAUGCUCUACCCUUGGGUAUAUUUUGUCAGUAUGAUACUAAUCGGGUCGUUUUUCGUGAUGAAUCUGGUUCUCGGUGUUCUAAGCGGUGAAUUCUCCAAGGAGAGGGAGAAGGCGAAAAAGCGUGGGAAGUACCAGAAAGCCAGAGAACAAAUGCAAUUCGCCGAGGAUGUCCAAGGAUAUUUGGAUUGGAUCAGUGCAGCUGAGGAUAUUAGCGAUGAUGAGGACAAUGCUGAGAAAGAAGCGGAUAAAGAAAAAAAAUUUCGUUGGUGCGCCGCCUGUCGUAGUACUCCUGCAGCGGAUGAGGAGGAAGAAGAAGAUCCAUCUGACCAUGGAAUGGACAACGGACCAAGAAGUCAGGCUUCGCAGCAGAACCAAUAUUUUUUCUGCAUUCCUCUGAAAGGGCGGAGAUCUCGGAGAUGGAACAGACGGUGCCGACGGUCGUGUCGCAGACUAGUCAAGUCUCAGACCUUCUACUGGAUAGUUAUUGUCCUUGUGUUUCUCAAUACCGGUGUGUUGACUUCCGAACACUAUGGGCAACCGUUGUGGCUGGAUCACUUUCAAGAUCUGGCCAAUAUCAUCUUUGUCGUUUUGUUCUCCAUUGAGAUGUUGAUCAAAAUGUAUAGCUUGGGCAUCCGUUGCUACUUUGACUUCAUGUUCAACCGGUUCGACUUCUUUGUCGUCAUCUGCAGCAUCGGUGAAAUUAUUCUCAUUCGGACUGAAGUCAUGCCUCCGCUUGGUGUAUCAGUGCUUCGAUGCGCUCGUCUUCUACGGGUAUUCAAAGUUACUAGGUAUUGGGGCAGCCUAAGAAAUCUCGUCGGCUCUCUUCUUGCAAGCUUAAAGUCGAUCGUCAGCCUUCUUGUCCUACUUUUCCUGUUCAUCGUGAUUUUCGCUCUUCUCGGGAUGCAGCUCUUCGGUGGGCGAUUCAAUUUCAAAAAAGUGGAAAAACCUCGUUCCAAUUUUGACAGCUUCUAUCAGUCCCUGAUCACCGUCUUUCAAAUACUGACCAGCGAGGACUGGAACGAAGCCAUGUACAAUGGAAUCAAUUCUUAUUCAAAAGGAAGCGUAGGAAUGCUUGUUUGCCUGUACUACGUCAUCCUCUUCAUAUGUGGCAAUUAUAUUCUACUCAACGUCUUUUUGGCCAUUGCCGUGGAUAACUUAGCAGAUACUGGUUCGGGUGAGGAGAAGAAGGAAGAAUCCGGUGAGGAGAAACCAGAGGGUGAAGAAGACAAGAUCGAAUCAGAUAUGAACAAAGCAGCAGUCUCCGCAGAUCUCGCCGCACGCAGGCUUAGUCGACAAGUCUCUGGUCAAUCUGGCACGCCCAGUUUGACCGAAAAAGUUCACAACGAAUUCAACGACGUCACUCAGCUUUUGGAUCAACUAAACUUGGAUCCAAUCAAUGAGGAAGAGGAUGAAGACAAUCGUUCGACAAACAACCUCUGUAGGUUGUCUUUUCGUCCAAAUUCUGUCCUUAACCUAAACAACCUCUCCUGUCACACACGUUGGUCUUCAUUAACUAGCCGAAGGACAAUCCAAUUACACAACAGAUUUCGAUCAGCACAACCAUUAGAUCAAAUUGGUUGA